GGAGACAGAACUAUUUCCCCUCGUUGUUUGUACGGAUGGUACACCCUGUAAACCAGUAUCCCUUUGCAACGUUUGAUCCUAGCAGCUCACGAAAGUUAAAGGACUAGAUUUUGAUAGAAGGUUUGGUGUACAGGAAACUUCUUCGCAAAUGGAGAAGGCGACCUACCUGCAAUCCAACAUGGCGGACAAAUACCAGUUUAAAAAAUGUUCAUAUGUUUUCCGUGGAAAUUUUGUCCACUCCACCUCUGAAAAUGCGUUGGAAAUAUUACCAGACAAAAUUUUAGGAAUCAGUCCAUCCGGCAAGGUUAAUAUGCUUGCUUGUUGUUCCAUUAGAAAGAAAUACGUCAUUUUCGAAUUUGAGCUACAGCACAAGUACUCCGUGGCUAAUGCUGGUCGGGGUAUUACAAGAUACUCAAUUUCGUCUACUGAAUUCAUAAUAUGAAUUGGCCUCUGUAGAGAGGUGCUAAAGGUGAUAUUUCGAGCUUGCGUUAGCCCUUCGUGAGAGCGGUAACGCUCGAAUCAUCAGUUCUAAACCUAUUCCCAGCAACCCCUAGCUAGUUGUAAAUGUGUGCAGAAUGCGUUGAGUGCAACUUCUUUUGAUUUGUGCCUAUAGCAUGUUUUAGUCAUUGCAUUCAUAGGACGUGUUUUACAUAGCAUUUGAAGAGAAGAGAGUUCCUGUAUUAUACAGAUUUUGGUAUAAUAACAUUAUCUCCCAUAUGAUCCUUGUUACUGUUGUCAUUCCCCCCAGCCCCCCUCAAGUCUAGCUCAACUGCAUUUUGCUUGGCUCUAGAUUUUGUUCAUAGAAAAUGGUGAAUCAAAUCAAAACUUGUUAGAAAUGCAGUAUGGAUUCACUUCAAAGGAUGUAAUCUUCUUAAAGCCAAGGUAAUUAGCCUAGCUUUUAGGAACUAAAAUUCUAAUAGACUCUAAUCUAUGGUUGUAUAGAAAUUAUUAACAACUAAAUAAGUAAUUUUAAAAAGAAAUUGGUGAAAUUGAUACCUAAAAUGACAAGGGGUGUUGGAAAAUAAAUAAAUAAAUAUAUAUUUUUUUUUUUUCUUUUCUUUUUUUUCUGGUUAGAGACCAAAAUUUAGAACUCAGUGUACAGUUGAGUCACUAAAGAAAGGUUUAUCAAAUGGUUACACAGAAACCUCUGGAAGGGGAUUGCAACUGCUUGUAUUGACACUUGAAUGCAAAUUAGAGUCUUGUCUGUGUGAUAUAAGUAUUGUUUUAUAACUUACUAAUUAUUAGUUCCAAUUUCUUACACAUUAUUUCAUAUGUCUGUAUGAACAAAGGCAGUUUAUCAUGCCAGGACUGAUUGACACCCAUAUUCAUGCACCACAGUACAGCUUUACUGGUACUGGUUAUGACUGUCAUGUUGUUGAUUGGCUGAAUAAGUACACUUUUCCGACUGAGGCCAGGUUUGAAGAUACAAACCUUGCACUUGAUGUCUACAAGAAAUUGGUGGUAAGUUUUUCAUGAAAUGGCACUGUUAUGUUUUCUCUAGUAAUUAAAGUGUCACUGAGAACUACUUUCUGAGAUUAACUAUUUAACAAACAGAUUCCAUGCUGACUAAUAGAUAAAAGACAACAUCAAAAUGUGAUAACAAAAAAGUGUUAUAUGAGGGGCAGCUGUAAAUGGUGACAUUUGUGUCUAUGCAUCUGUCUUCCAAUAGAUCAAAUGUAAGAUACAAUAUUAAUUUUAGUGAUGACUUUAUUUUACUGGUAAUGGUUUGUAUCACAUUUAGUUUAUCUAAUAGUCAUGUUUCUCUGAAGAGGAGGUUGCUGAUGAAUGGUACAACAACAGCAUCUUAUUUUGCCACCAUACAUCUUAAUGCUACAAUGGUUCUUUGUGAUGUUAUUGGUAAGUUAUUGCCUCACUUUAACAAUGAAGCAAAAGAAAAUUGCAAAUUUUAACUCUAAUUGGAAAUUAAAAAUUUUAGGCCCUAGGUAUCCUCUGCUAAGUGAAAAGGAACUAUAUUUAACCCAUGUGGACAAUCUUACAGACUCGUUAUCAAAUUUCUCCCCACUGAAAAUUAGUAGUGAUGUUCUCUGUUUUGGUACUAAACUCCUGAUUGUAUAAGUCAGCUCUAGAAUGAACACGUUUACAUUUCCGACUUAUGGUUCCUAAAACCAGCAUCUUGUAACCAUUUAAAUAGCAUUUUAAGUACUUGACCAGCCUGGUUAUCAGGAUUAUUGAUCAUGUAGACUUACUUUUUUCUAUUUUAAUCUACUAUCCAAGGUCUAAAUAAGUUAGGCAAUCAAACCAUUUUGUUCCACAGUGGAGCUUGGUCAGCGGGCAUAUGUUGGAAUCUCUGAUGUUGAUUGUUCCCCUCACGAACACAGGAAAACAACAGAAUGUUGCGCAGAAGAAACAGAAAGGUUCAUUUCUAACAAUUGUGCAUUUUUAAUGAAAUUGUGAUACUUGGAAUUAUUACUUAAGGUCAUGGUUAAUAUCUUGAAUACAAGUUUUUCUAUAAGAAAGGUUUGCAGAAAAUAGCUGGUACUAAGAAAGGAUAUUGUGUGAAUCAUGGCCAAACCAACUCUUGUUUUUUAGGGGGAGGGUAAGGGGCUCAAGACACUCAAACCUCAAAGUGUCUCUCUCCACUGACAGGAAACACUGUAACUGACAGAAACUUUAUGUAAGCCUAUUACAAACUAGCAUGUCAUCAGUGGGUAUAGUAUCUAUACUUCAUGUCACUUCAUGUUAGAGAAACCAAAAUUAAUAAUAAAAGUUUCAUCUGUAGUUGGGAGAAACCAUGAUUUUAAGAUUUAUUCUAAGAUCAAGGAAGGUCAGUUUAGUGGUGCAAGGAGAUGAUCACCCACCCCAUGAGGUCAUUGGAAAUUUUCAGGGGAAUAAAGAGCAAGUCUGUUCUUGAGCCUGUUGGUUCACCCAACAAGUGCUUAUCCUGCUUUCCAAUUAGCAAGAAGCAGCUAGGAGUGUUACUACUUCCUCCUGGAUAGGAUGCUAAUCCACUGCAAGGUUACCCUGCAGCAUUUCAACAGGCUUCCCUGACAAUUUGCUUGUACCCAUUUAUACUCCUGGGUGGAGAGAGGCAUGCACUGUUAGUAAGAGAUAAGUGUCUUACCCAAGAACACAACACAUUGACCUGGCAAGUCUUGACCCAAAGUCCAAUGCACUCACCAUUAUGCCACAUUUGUCUCAUUUCAUGCAUAUUAAUGUGCUUUAAAAUGUGUCUUUAUGAACAGGUUCAUCAAACAUGUGAUUGACAUGAAUGUAAGUAGAAUUGUAGGAAAAUCUCCUACCUUUUUUUUACCUGUAGACAUUACUUUUAAAUUGCCAAUCAUAGCUGCAGUAUAUGUAGAACACUUUUCAAAUACAAACAUGGAAAUUGCUUAAUGCACCAGCAGGUACUGUUACCUGUUGGUAGAGCACCAAACUACAGAAUUCAAAUGUCUGUGGCUCUUCACCUUUACAUGAGGACUUUUUUUUUCUCUGUCUGAUAUUUAUGACAAAACCAAUAGCAAUUUAUCUUUUGUUAUAACCUCUCACUACUUUCCAAAGUAGAUUUACACAUAUCCUGCUUUACAUUUUCUGUCUUGAGUGAAGUAUAAUUAUUUUUUUUGUGUAGCAUCCCCUUGUGACUCCUGUUCUGACUGCGAGAGGAGUUGCACAUUGUACCAAAUCACUUUUGACAAUUCAUGGAGAAUUAGCCAAAAAAUACAAUGUCCCUAUUCAGGUUAGUAAAAGAGCAGAGACUUAAUUGAAAUGCACAUCUGAAUUUAAGUGAUAAAUUUUUUUAUAGUUGAUCGCUAAUAUUUAUUUGAGUAUGGAAGGUGUAUGUAUGGAAGCAGGGUUGAUGACUUGUGCAAUGCCUCAUAUGCAGCACAACACAACAACUACUGGCACCAUACGGAUAACUUAUACAUGACAUUAACAAUUACAAACCAAUAAAACAGAACUACCUAACUUUACCAAUGGACUGAAUGAGACCAAUCACAACUUACUUAUGCCGCUUAAGUCUUACAAGCAAAAGCAUCACAACAAAACUGAUCAAUCAGGUUAUGCAAAUGGGAUUUAGAACAUUUGACUAACUACAACCAAUCACUUGACUCUGAUGAUGAUUUCUGCUCAGGUUGUCAAAACAUCAGUCACCACUACCAACAACAGUCCUUCUCAGGUCUGCACUCUUCCAGACAAUCAGACAACAUUUUCACAUGUUACCCUGGGGUUCAAACCAUUUACUAUACUUGGUGAAUAGUAAGCAGUGACUGUAAAUAGCAAAUUGGUUUGCCUCUUGCCAGUUUGAAUUUUAAAUCUUGCUUUGUUUUAUUUGAUUCAGAAUUUUUGGGUCGUUAAUUGUUAAAUCCCACUAGCCUUACUGCUAUAAUACAUUUUUUUUCAUAGGUUUGACUGAUUAAUAAAUCUCUUACUUGCUAUUUACAAAAAUUCCAGGGACAUUUGCGUGAAAUCAAAGAUGAACUGGCUAGUUGGAACUUUGCUUCCGAGUUUUCUCAGACUUCUGAUUUGGCAAAAAUACUUGAGGAAUGUGAGCUCCUAACAGACAAGGUAAAUCCACUUAUUUUAAGGAAGCUAUGCCUUGAAAAAGUUUCAUUCUGAAGUGCUUCUAGCCAUGAAAGCAAGAUCAAUGUGAGGAUUGAAUCUGAAUUGUUUAAUUAUCAGUUUUUGAUUUUUGAAAUUGGGUAGAUGCAAAAUAAAAAUGCAAAUGUGAAAUAUGAACAAAGGAUUGGGGGUAUACCAAUGUCCAUUUCAAAGCCACAAGAGACAAAAAAAAACAAAUUUACAGCAGAACUUAUACUUGAGUUGACAAUAGGUUGUUAUAAGUACAAUUUUUGUAGUACAACCAAAUGAAUUUUCUGUUUUCUUCAACCAUAGGCCUAUUAUGCACACUGUAUUUAUGUUACUGAGGAAGAGAUUGACCUGAUGUUGUUACGUAGCACUGGGGUUGCUCAUUGCCCUAUUUCAAAUUUUGAGUACGUAUGGGCCUCUUAUAUUUAUGUUUCAUAAAAUUAUCACUCUUCAGACUGCUCCUAUAUAUAGAGCAAAUAAAAAUAUUUGUUGGAUGAGAAAUUUGAUAAGUAAAUUUCUAAUUAGCACCACUCCAACCAUUACCUAUUUCAGAUUACCAUGUCAAAAAGUAAACUUAAAUAUUAGAAGUUUUUGAUCAUGGGAGAUCUUACACUUAUAGCAUAGACAUGAAAGACAUUUUGCAAUUUUGAUAACAUCUUUCUAGGAACUUGGGUUUUCAAAUAUGGGAGAGUAAUUAAAUUGUUUUUAAAUAAUAUUUCCCUGAGGAAUUAAUAACUGAGAAGAUUUUUGGCUGAGUCUUUGAGGCCUUAUGAUAAAAAACAGUGAUAAAAUUGUAAUUAAGGCUAUUAUUUAGCUUUAAUUUCGACUAUACUGGACUGAAAAUUUUAUUUUUCUCCUAACUCAAGUUUGAAAAGUGGUGUUGCUGAUAUCAGACAUCUGCUGGAUAGGCAGUUAAAAGUUGGUCUUGGAACAGGUAAUACAAGCUUUCUGAGACAAUGAUGUAUGUUAACUUAAUGUGUGCACCAUAACACUGUAUUAAUUUUUAACUUUAAGUUUAUCAUUAAUUAAGAGUUGCACAAAAUCAUUGGUGUCUCUGCAUAUAGUCUUUAUCAUCGAAACUAUUGGAUCUUAAGUCACUGUCCUAAUCAAAAUUUAAUGGAAAUAAGUUUCAGUGGUAGAAUCAAUACCAGAUGAAUUGUUGUUGUUGUUUUUUUUAAUUUUACAAACAGUGAACUGAAAUCAACAUGCUUAAAUGUUGAAUAGAAUGUACUAUAAGCUUCAGUCCUCCUAAGUGGAUAUAUUGCAAUGAGUCCACUGGAAACUGAAUCAGAUGUGCAAUAUUUUGAGAGGCUUUUAUUUAAAGUCUUGAUAUUUAGUAUGAGGAGUUUUAACAUUUCCCCCUCUUUGUUUCUCAAUGGAGCCUACAGAUGUCUCAGGAGGCCACUCUCCAUCAAUGCUUGAUGUCAUUCGUCAGUGUAUAACUGCCUCCAAUGUUGUUGCCUUCAGCAAGCCUGAAUCUUACAGAUCUCUGUCUUACAAGGAUGCUUUUAGAUUGGCCACUUUAGGGGGCAGUGAGGGUAAGAAUUAUGCCAAAACCUUUAGCAUAUAAGGUUGAUGAUCAUGGAUUUUUUUCAACUUACAUUCUAAAUAUCCAUUAUCUAGUUCAAUUGGUUGUUUAAACUAAACACUGUGAAUUGGGAUCUGAUUACUAAUUAUUAUCUACUGACAUUUCAGUUUUAGGAUUAAGUGACAAAAUUGGCAACUUUGAGGUAAGGAUAAAUGUAGUAUUUUCUCUAGCAGCUUUAAAUUCACAGAGGAUCUAGCCUAGCUUGUGGCAUUUCUUGGAGUGGACCUGCAUCUCAACACAGUAUUCUUUUUUUUUUUUGACAUUGUAAUGAAUUAAAUUAUCAAAUGCUACUUGCCCUCUUUAUUAUCAUCUAUAAAUUAAAGAAAGGGUAAUAAGGACAACAACUGUAACAUAUAACCUGGCUGAACACCAAUUUAUUCAUUAUAUAGUGAUAAUACAUGCUUUUGUUUUGAAACUUUUUCAAACAAGGUUAGCAAAGAAUUUGAUGCAUUACUUAUUGACCCUGAUGCUGAGGACUCGCCCUUUGAUUGUUUUGACAAUGACACCUUAGAGGUAGGUAUAUGGCCAGUGAAGGGUGAUAUGAUUCCAGUCAUCCUAUAUUCAAGUUUUAUUGACUGUUAUCAAAUCCUUAGACCUACCCCUGAUGGUUCUGUACUGUUUUGCUUCAACAAGAGACCGAAUAAAGGGAUUCAAAGCUGCUAUUAAAUGCAACUUGUGUUAAACCAGUAAUCAUUGUAUAUUAUUUCUGGAGAAAAAAAUGCAAAGUAAUAGUUUUUGAUCAAGUGUGGAGUUCCUUGAUGGUGUAGCAGUAACUUAAUGUUUUAAAGAUUCACCGUGUGGUAACCUAAGAGCAUAAAGUGGUUGCCAGUUGAAAUAAAUUUAGUUUAGGUUGCUAGGAAACAAAAGGAAGAAAAACAAAAGCAAAAAAAAUGGACAUGUGGUGCACUACCUAAUAUUUUGUGGAAAUGUCCAAUUGACUUGAUCCAUUUGUUAUAAAAAUGUUACACCUUCAUCAGGCUAUCAAAUAUGGGUCACCAAAUUGUCAACUUUGCUGCAAAUUUUGGUCCCUCAAUUUUUUUUUGUUCCUAAUGUGACAAAAACAUUUGUGGCUUGGAGCACCGACUAUUAUUUCACAUGAAGAUGCACAAACACAAUGCAAUUUUGAGUGAUGGAGAAACUCCAGCAAUAAAGAUUCCCUCUCUGGGUAGUUUCCUUGAAGUAUUAAUGAACAGCAAAGUAAUAUGUUGCAUGUUAAAUGAAGACUACAUUUCAGGCUGUUAAAUGUUAGUAUAGUUUAAUCAAUACUUAUUUAUAGUAAUCUGUAUUUCUUUUUUUUUUUUUUUUUUUUAAAAGGAUGUGAUUCAGAAGUUUCUGAUGCUUGGUAAGUCCAGAGCUAGAGUCAUAACAAUUAUUACUGAUUGAAUUUAAUCAACACUGCUUCACGAGAGUCUCAGUUUUAAAUAAUUUGUCAUGUGUUCAAUGAAAGGAGGGAAUUAAUUUAAUCUGAUCUACAGUCUUCUGAAAGCAUUAUUAGGUCUAUCUCUUUGUUUUCUUGAUCACUCACUCUGCUCCAUUUUGAUUUUAACAUUAAAUUUGAUACAGAAAAUAUUUGCAUAUUUUUUAAAUCUGUGUUGAUGGCAUACCCUGAAUUGAGCUGACAAUUUUGAGUCCUAACAUAAGAUAGUAUAAUUCCUGUUAUCAAUUUUGAUGUCUUACUUUUUAUCCUUUGCUAUUAAAUGCCAUUUGCACAGGUGAUGACAGAAACAUUCUUCAAGUUUAUGUGGCUGGGCGACCAGUAGCAGGAAGGACUCUUGUCUCUUCAUACUUCUCUUCCAAAAGGAAACAAGGAUUAGAUAUUGAGUUUACUUCCUGAACAGUGAAGAUCUGGCUCAUUGUCAGAUCUCUUAGAACUGGAGCAUACCCUUACCUAACAAAAUGCCUUUGUUAUAUUUCAAAAUGUAUAUUCAGCAAUACAUAUUUAUACAAAUUUAUCCAGCAUCCACGUCAUAGUCAUGUUAAACAUGCUUAAAUUAUAAUUUUGGUGUAGUGUUUUAAGGCCAAGUAAAAUAUAUUAUAUUCAUUGAUGUAAAACUAGGUAGUUUUGAGAAAUCAGCCAGUCAUUUAUAUCUAAUCAAACUUUAAUUUGCAGUUCAUGUUUCUCUGUUUUGUCUAACUUUAAUCUAAAAUAUACCCAUGCCUCAUCAGCAAUAAUUAUGCUUAAUAAUUCACUGGUAAUUGAAAAGAAAUAUUAGGUAGACCUUACAUCUUUAAAAGGAAUAAUUUUUACCAAAGGGUCUUGAUAUUAGCAGGCAAGUCAAGAAUUUAUCCUUUUAAUUCUCACACUUUCAUGCUUUACCUCUUUUCUUGUUGUCACUAUUUAUCAUAAUUAGCAUUGUUUUAGUUUCUAAAUAAUUCAUUUCCAAUGCUUUGUACACUAAUUAACUGAAGAUGACAGAAGUUUCCGUCAAAACAUGUAUAACAGACUUAAAA